AUGCUUCGAUUUGUUAGUAUUAUUGCUCCGCAUGGCCGGGUUAAGAGAGGGCUUUUUCAGGACACACUUUCAAUUAAGGUGGACGUGACGAAAGGUUUGUCAAUCACUCAUCAGAAUUCGCCAAACCAGAGUCGCCACGAGUCCUUCGAGCCUGUAGCUUUCGUCAGAAGGCACCGCUGCUCAUCUGAGCCUGUACCGGUAUCGCUGGCUUCUCAGCGCUUCCGUUAG